CUCGAGGCAAAGAUGAACGCUAUAAUGGACUCCAUGCAGGGUUUUGGGGUGAGCACCACCCACUCCCUGCAGACAAACUAUAAGGAUGCCCAGGGCUUGUUUCUCUGGGUCUCCUGGGCAGCAGACCUCAGGAACACCUUCUUCAUCUUCUUCCCGCUUUGGUUUCACUUGCGUUCAUCAGUGGGCAUCAAACUCAUCUGGGUGGCCGUGAUCGGAGACUGGCUUAAUUUGGUGUUCAAAUGGAUUCUGUUUGGGGAGAGGCCUUACUGGUGGGUCCAUGAGACGGCUCAUUAUGCAAACACAGUCCGUCCUCACAUUGAGCAGUACCCCAUGACCUGCGAGACCGGGCCAGGCAGCCCCUCUGGCCACGCUAUGGGAGCCGCAGGUGUCUACUACAUCCUCGUGACCUCCAUCCUUGCCAUCAUGACCAGUAAGAAGAAAUUUGGAAACAAGAAAUCCACCAACAAGGAAUGGUACCUGAAGGCUGUUUUGUGGACAUUGUUUUGGGGAGUCCAGGUGUGUGUCUGUCUCUCCAGGGUUUUCAUCGCAGCUCACUUCCCCCAUCAGGUCAUUGCUGGUGUGAUCACAGGUAUGAUCGUAGCUGAAGCCUUCAACAGAACUCAGUGGAUCUACAGCGCCAGCAUGAAGAAUUACUUCUACACAACUCUCUUCUUGACCUCCUUCGCUGUUGGUUUCUACCUGCUGCUCAAAGCUCUGGGUGUGGACCUGCUGUGGACCCUGGAGAAAGCCCAGAAGUGGUGCGUGAAGCCCGAGUGGGUCCACCUGGACUCCACGCCCUUCGCCAGCCUCCUGCGUAACAUGGGCACCCUGUUCGGCCUGGGUCUCGGCCUGCACUCGCCCCUCUACACCGAGACCAAAAAGAGCAGCAGCACGUGGGUCAAAGCAGUGAGCGUCAUCAGCACUCUGUUCCUGCUGCACCUGUUUGACUCCUUCAAGCCUCCUACGCACACCGCAGUCCUGUUCUACCUGCUGUCCUUCUGCAAGAGCGCCACCGUGCCUCUGGUCACCGUCAGCAUCAUCCCGUACUGCGUGAACGGAGCUCUGAGCCUGCAGAACAAAAAGGGAGUAUGA